AUGACUAAUGGUUUAGACAAACUGGAUUAUUUCAUUGGAUCAGCGUUAUAUAUAAAAGUAAAAAAACCACACGAAAGUAGCAAUGUUACCACCGACAACAUAACUAAUUUAAAAAAUAAUAGAUCAAUAAAGGGUAUAUUGGUAGCAUCAGAUUGUGAUUUAAAUCUAUUAUUAGAUCAAGUAGUUGAAUAUAAUGAAAGCAAUAGUAUAGAGAGAGAACUAGGCCUAGUGAGUGUUCCAAGGGAAACCAUAAAAUCAAUACAUAUUUUGAAAAGUGAUAUGAAUACUUUGAUGUCGUCAAACUAUAAAAAAUAA